UACAACACGACGCACAACGAAUGGGCGCAGCAGCGAAUAACGGAUUACUGGGCAACUCAUCGAUGAAACACAUUCAUACUCAUUACUUCUGCAUUUACAACAUUCACCACUGGAUGUAUUUCCAACAAGACAUGAUUAUUUAUCUCCAGACCGUGUGUUAAAAUACGCAAAUGGACUCACUUGUUUGCCGCAGAGGAGACAACUUACACUAUGAAGUACUGGAUCAAUAAUUGUGUCAGGAAAUGUUCAUCAUGGACAAAGGAACGUGUGUAGGAAAGCCGGCUUCACAAGUCAUUCCAAAGUUGGGGAGAAAAUAACAGCCUGGGUUCAUUUUCCACAACGGAAAUGAGAUCAGUCGCAUUGCUUGGCUCCUCUUCUACUAAAACAUGGUCGAUGUAACUCUAUAGAGCCGGGAUCUGACAUUUUCUGCCCACAAACAGCUUGUUGUUAAUGGAAACAUGUUUGCUGGACUAAUGGGGCUGGGAUGUCACAGCAACUCUCUGCUUCACUGCGAAGUCAUGGAAGGUGGCAGAGCAUCAGGGACAGCUGGCAGCUCCAGUCGUAAGAGGCUCCACCGAAGACCAGGGUACAUGAGAGGAGAGCAGUCCAGACUACAGAGCACUUUUAAUGGACAGGAGGAUGAAGAGGAGGAGGAGGAAGAGGAGGAUGAGGAAGAAGACGAAGGGAUGAUCACUUGCAUUAGAAACGGGAAAUCUGGUCGUCACACUGCAAUCACUCAGGGGACCAGUGCACAAAGGAUGAUUCUAACCCCUGCUGUCAAAGUGUCUGUAAUGAAUCAGCAUCAGCCUGAUAAAGUCACAUGUAGCUCCUGGAAAAGUAAGAGUUUUCUCUGCUCUGGAACUUGUCCUCUUCCCCAUGUGGACUGCAGUGGCAUUAAUGGUACAUCCAGCCAUCGGGGUACAUCCUCUUUGACCCAGAAUGCAAUUAGGUUAAGCCCGAGACCGGCCCUCCAGUCUUCAGCAGGUCUCUUUAACUCCAGCUUCAGUUUUAUCAGACAGUCUCUAAACACCAGCCAGAGGAUAAAUUCAAACACUGCCACACCCCAGAGGGAACCAGAACCCCUAUAUCAGUCAACUCAUGCACCUAAUUCACCUCAAGCAACCUUGUCCAUUGUGCACAAUGUCUCAAAACACUCAACUCCUGUCCAAUCACUGCCCUCCUCCUCUCCAGGUAGCCAGGCAAAGAGAGAGGAGCUGACAUUAGGCAAUAGGUUUUGGCGGGAGUGUCAGUGGGGUGGCAGGGAGGCUACACACGACCAGCCUGAAUGUGACUCUCCAGUUCUGGACAUAGAGAUUAUCUCCUCACUGUCCUUGGACUCAGACACUGCCUCCGCCUCUUCUGUCACCUCAGGAUAUGAGAGCGCUACGCCUGUCUCAGAGCAAGGCUGGGACAACCUGGUGAAGAAGUACGAAGGUGUGCUGCAAGACUGCCUCCAAAACAAUCGCACUCAUACUAAGAUUGAGUCCAUGAUGUUAAAGCUGCAGAGGCUCCAGCAGAACGCCAUUUUGGAUGAUGACUAUGAUGCAGCUGAACGUUUUGGGAAAAAGCUGGAGGAGCUGUGCAGGGAGCGCGGUGCUCUGAAGCUUGGUCUACCCUCCAGACAGCCCAGCGUGGCUUUGUUCCUGGAGCAGCUCAGACAGGUGGUGCACAGCGCCCUCCAGAGGGCAGACUGCAGUCAGUGCAGGAAGGAUGUGGAGCACGAUGCAGGGGAGAGGUCAGAAUCAUCGCACGGUCCACUGCAUCGAAAAGAUCGCCUGAUCCAGGAGAAACGACUGAUAGAGAUGGAGAUAGCAGAGCUGCAGAGGAGGCUGACGGAGAUGAAGGACCGCAGCCGAUGCCUGGAGCAGCAGAUCCAGCAGGAGGAGCAGCAGGUGGAGGCCGAGGAGUUGGAAGGCUCCGUGCUGCGGAGCUGCACCAUGGCCCAGCUCCGCGACAUGAGCCGAACCCUGCAGGAUCUCGUCACCUCUGAAAACCGCACGCAGAUCUCCGUUUCACCUUCACCCUCCCUACUCAGACUCCAGGAGCAGGAGCAGGCAUUGAAUCUGUCCAUCAAGGAAGCCACUGCUAAAGUGGUCAUGAGUCAGAGGCUGGGCAGCAGCCUGAGGAGGAAAGUCAGCGAGACAGAAACUCAGCUUUUGGCACUGCAUGAAGCCAAACUGGCGGCCAUCUCAGGUAAUGACUUCAGCAGUGCCAAGGAGCUGAAGGCUGAGAUGAAGUCGGUGUACAUUGAGCGGGACAGACUGGAUGCUUUGGCCAAGAGGCUACACAGCCUGAGCUCGGGGAGCAGCCAGGAGCUGGCCAGGAUGAAGGAGCAGUGGCAGCAGUUCAGGCAGGAGCUGGAGCAGAGGGAGGCCCAGCACGAAAGCCAGCUCAAAGAGAACACUACCGAGUACAUCAGGCUUUUGGAGGACAGAUUGCACAGCUGUGGCUGCCCAGGCUUGGAGCGGAUCUGGGAAGCCGACCUAGAAGCGUGUCACCUGUUCUUGCGAGGCCUGCAGUUGCGGACUCCCAGCUGCAGUGGAAGAGACAAUGAAGACCUCCCCACCGCAGAAGUUUAUCCUCCCACCCACCCGAGCACCGAAGAAGAAGAAGACUGCGCCAUGCUGACUGCGUUGGGAGGGCGCUGGUGUCCCGAGGCUAACCUACAGAACUCUGAGUUCACAAAGAAAUUGGAGGAGUUUUUGUUCUGCAUGGAGGAUAUUCACCCAGAGGAUGGGGGCAGUGAGGCUGCGGAUCUGACAGAGCGCUGCGAGCUGAUCAGUGACAGACUACUGACCUUGGAAGAUGAAUUGCAGACGGCCAUAUUGAACCGGGAUCAGGCCCUCACCCAGUCGUUGGAAAACGAGGUUCAGGAAGUAAAAGUCACUUUACAAACCAUGCUUGCACAGCUCAAAGAGGAAGAGGAGGAGGAAGGGAAUGAGUUACAAGAUGACGGCCUCAUGGAAAACGGGACAGAGGAAGAAGAAGAAGCAGAAGAAGAGGAAGAGGAAGAAGAAGAGGACCAAUACUUCAGUGACAGUUGGGGCAUAUGAAAUGAAUGCUUGUUGUGUAUUUUGACCACUCACAAACAGACCGGCUCUCCGAGAGCCUGACCUAAGCUUUGCAGAAGGAGUGACCCCACAUCCAUUUACUGCCGGGCCUCACUUAGCUUCACAACCAGCCUCUGUGGUACUGCUGAAAGUUUCCAGAACAAAGCCUUCAAACAUCUGUAGUCUUUUAUACAUAUACAAACGGAAAAGCAUGAAGGAUUGUGAUAAAAAUGCAAAAUAUAAGACACUUUAAUGCCAUUUCUUGCCUCAAAGCCAGGUAAAAAGUGCCUUACGAUUUUUUUGAUUAUUAAGAUGUUUUGAAGACAGGAUCACGUCUUACAGAGCUAUAAUGUGACAGUUUGUUUUUUAUGUUUUAUGUUUACUAUAAAACCUUUUCCAAUUUUAGGUGAUGAUUUGGAUUAGUAAGGUUUUCCUUAACAAUCCAACAGUUAGAAAUGAUCAGCCAGCCUUUGUAACCUUUUAUCACACCGAACAGGCUCAGUAAUGUCAAUUACACAGCAUACAUUUGACUAUAAGCCAACACUAGUCACUAUAUGUUACAGAAAAGCUGCAUCAACAAACCUGUGUAUUGAUUUGAGCAAGGCUGCGGUUCAUUUCUGAUAUUUAUUUAGUGGUCCAAUUAUGAAUGCAUUAUUGCUUUUUCAAAAGUUAUAUAGUCUUGCUUUAAAAACAAAUCCAAAUUAAAUAAAAAUGUUUUAAAAUGGCCAACAUCAUUCACCAAAACCACCAGUUUGUAUCUAUUUAAGUGGACAAAUAAAAAAGACAUCUUUUACUGUUAACGGUCGUGCACAUAAACUUAAAUGUAUGCUUAUUUUUUAGGUCAGCUAGGCACUGUGUGUUUUCUGAACGAUUGGACUUCAGUUACAUUUUGUCCAUGAAAUAACUCAUUUGUGGUGCUACAGAAUGUGAGCUAACUUGAACACUUUAUUGUUUGUUGAAAAUGCAAUAUUUAGAUUUUUCUUCCACUUGGUCUUAAAGCACUGUUUGCUUAAAAGGAUGCUCUGUGUUUUAAAAUACAUCAGUCACAACGGUAACACUGUGACAUGUAGGAAGUAUUGAAGUAUAAAAUGUUCAGUGGAAGUGUUUGCAACUGAUGUUUCUAUUUCUAAAAUGACGUUUUUAUUUUACUUUAUGUCAGCUCAGAAAAGUGUUAUACAUACCACUGGGUGUCAGUUUACCUUUGCAAGAAUAUUUUUUGUAAUUCCACCCAAUAAUCAGUUUUUUUUAUUUAGUGUGCAGCUUGCUGUAUCAUAUUUUAUUUAUUCCUUACUGCGUCUCACUAAUUAAAGCAUGUACCAUUCCAGACUAA